GUUGUCAACAAACCAGCAUGCGCGGACAAAGACUAAGCAGAAAGACGUGGACAAAGUGUACAAAGAUUUCCAACUUAUGUCCGUCAAAUACUUGGGAUUAUCAAAGAGUCUCAUUAUAAGAACAAAGGAUUGCAUAGACACACGGUCACAAAAUUUAUAAACCAUGAUGGAAGUGGACCCUCAGUUAACCCCUCCGUCACCUUUGAAAUCCCCAACCAGCAAGACAACUGGUGAAUCCACGCUGAAGUACACUGCAAAUCUCCACCACCAGGGGGCGUUCCAGAUGAUGCAUCAUCUCCAGAGGACAAAACAGAUGUGCGAUGUCAUCCUCGAUGUUGGCGAUCUCAGUUUACAUGUUCACAAGAUUGUCUUGGCUUCCUGUAGUUCAUAUUUCCAUGCCAUGUUCACAAAUGACAUGGUCGAAAAAGAUUCCAAAAAUGUCCGCCUGCAUGAUGUGGACCCCACCGCCAUGGAGUUGCUGAUCGAAUUCAUGUAUACCUCAGAGAUCACAGUCACAGAAAGUAAUGUACAGAUUUUAUUGCCAGCUGCCAGUCUGCUCCAACUUCAGAGCGUACGCGAGGCGUGCUGCAAAUUCCUCAUCAAACAGCUACAUCCAACCAAUGUCCUGGGCAUUAGGAAUUUUGCCGACACACAUUCAUGCGAAGAGUUGCUGACACUUUCGCACACUUUUACCCUGCAUAACUUUGUGGAAGUGUGCGAGACGGAGGAGUUUCUUCUUCUGCCAUUUACUGAGAUUCUCCAGUUUGUCAAAAGUGAAGACUUGUGUAUUGUGUCAGAAGAGCAGGUGUUCCGUAGCGUGGUCAAGUGGGUCAAACACGACUUAGAUGCAAGAGGGCCGUAUAUAAGUCAGCUUCUCAGUCAUGUGAAGCUCCCUCUAUUGUCGAGAGAUUUUCUUAUGAACAGCGUAGAGUCAGAAGAGUUUAUACGGUCCAACAGCGAAUGCAAGGAUUUGUUACUGGAGGCCAUGAAGUACCACUUGAUGCCAAACCACAGAGAUGGACUUCAAACACAGAGGACUAGGCUGAGACGGAGUAAAGACCUUAAGCCAGUUUUAGUAGCUGUGGGUGGUGGUAGCCUAUUUUCGAUCCACAGUGAGGUCGAGUUCUACGACACGAUGACUGACACUUGGACCAUAGUGGCCUCCAUGUUGAGUAGGAGGGCGCGUGCGGGGGUGGUGUCCGUGAACAGAAUGCUGUACGCCAUAGGAGGGUACGAUGGUGCCAUGGACCUCUGCACUGCAGAGUGCUAUAAUCCUUUGGUAAACUCCUGGACUAUGAUAAGUUGUAUGGGGACCAGGAGAAGCUGUUUAGGUGUGUGUGAGUGGAAUAGCCUGGUGUAUGCUGUGGGUGGGUACGACGGAGCCUCUUGCCUGAGCAAUGCUGAACGUUACGACCCGCUGACCGAGCAGUGGACGUCCAUAGCGGCCAUGACAUACAAGAGAAGAUAUCUGAAGCUCGUAGUAUUAGACAAUCAUAUCUAUGCAGUGGGUGGAUAUGAUGGCUGUUCACAUCUUCCAAGUGUGGAGAAAUACAACCCACAUACAAACCGUUGGGUCACCAUUCCAAACAUGUUGAGUCGCCGUAGCAACUGCGGAGCUGCUGUGUUGGACAGGAUGAUUUACGUCUGCGGAGGAAAUGACGGGUCCACGGUGCUGAGUAGCGUAGAGAGAUACAGUCCACGUAGGGGAGUUUGGGAGACAGUAGCGCCAAUGCAUUCAAGAAGGAGUACCCACGACGCCAUAGUGAUGGAUGGAAUGUUGUACGCUGUUGGAGGAAACGACGGUAGUUCGAGCCUUAACACCAUAGAACGCUACGACCCUAAGCUAAACCGCUGGACGGUUAUUCUUCCGAUGAAUCUACGACGGAGCGGCGUAGGGGCUGCAGUGGUCGAAAUAACGAGUAAUCUGCGCAAAAAACUACAGGGUACUGUUGGCACGUUUUAAAGAAAACUUCUGUGUUAGAGACUUAAGUAUACAUGUUUUGUGUGUGUAACGUCAAAUACGGCGAACUUUACCCGACUGGCCGAAUAGUCCGUGUGACAGAGUCGGACCUUCAUUAUAUCCGUAUAGGUCAUGAUUAUGUGAUGUAAGUGUUACAAAAUCAAGGAUGAGGAAUCAGAGCCCUGUUCUACAAGGAAUCUCUUGUGCAUGAUAACGGAAUAUGGAAGGGGAG